AUAGGCCCGCCGUGACGAUAUUGUGGCACAGUCCUGACAUAUAAAAGAAAGAAAGGAAUGUCUGUAUACUCUGCAAGGCACAUUGUACAGGAGAACCGUUUUGUUAACCCACCAACUUUAUUAUAUUUGUUUAACUUCGUUUCUUCUUACCAUUUGAUCAUUAUACAUACAUAUAAACACACCGCCCGCACCUUACAUCCACUAAAAUAAAGAUGCCCUCCACCCCGCGCUGCUUCAUCAUCCGCCACGGCGAGACAGAAUGGUCUCUAAAUGGAAAGCAUACAGGCACUACAGACCUGCCAUUGACCGAGGACGGAGAGAAACGAGUGAAAACUACCGGCAACGCGCUCGUAGGACAUGAUAGAUUGAUAGUCCCAAAGCAUUUGGCACAUAUAUAUGUCUCCCCCCGUCAGAGAGCGCAGAGAACCCUCGAACUUCUCGAGAUUGGUUGCAAAGAACCGCUUCCCUGGUUACAAGAAAGACAGAAAACACCCUCGCGGACGGAAGCACGCGUGGAAAUCACCGAAGCUAUUCGCGAAUGGGAUUAUGGCGAUUAUGAAGGGAUGAAAAGUGCGGAAAUCCGAGAGCUGCGUGCUAAGAACGGAGAGGGCUCGUGGGAUAUUUGGCGCGACGGGUGUCCUGGUGGAGAAUCAGCCGAUGAUGUUACCAGGCGCCUUGAUGCGCUCAUCGCCGAGAUCAGAUCGAAAUAUCAUAGCAAAGCUAUGACCAAGUUAGCGCACGAGCCUGCGAACGGCGAUGUUCUAAUUGUGGCGCACGGGCACAUUUUGCGAGCAUUUGCGAUGCGCUGGAUUGGAAAACCGCUUACAGAAACGGCGUUCAUUCUGGAGGCUGGAGGUGUGGGAACGUUGAGCUACGAACAUCACAACAUUGACGAGCCAGCCAUUAUUCUUGGAGGAGCAUUUGUCGUUGGUGACUAACGGAUUUGCAAUUCGAGGAGUGAUCGAGUCGCGGUGGAUGAUGAGAUGAGAUCGCCUCAUUGCUGGACCAAUCGAGCGUAGACUCUUCGUAUACCAUAUUAGAUAGAUAUAGGAACACCAUUCCCCACCCUCCUAACACUCCACCUCCCACGGUAUGAGAGAACCAUAAGAAUACCUUUAUCCUUUCAUUCUGUGACAUCAACUCCCAACCCUUUAACAACCUCACUAAUCAUCCCCUUCCCUCCUACCUCCACUCUCAUCCCCACACGCAGCAGCCGUCUUCGCACUCCCCUCCUCCCCUAGAACCUUAGCAGCCCCCAUAAACAAUCCUCCCACAUAUCCGCCCAGAAACCGCAUAUCUCCCGCCUGCGCCGCCGUCAUGCGCAUGAGAUUCUCCAUGUCGGCCAGAUGUGCGUUGAGCUGUGCGAGUUGGGAGUGUAGAUGGGCGUAUUGACGCGUUUUGGCUGUGGACAUAGACGUUUGGUGUUGUGUGAGGGUGUGCGAGGUUGAGUUUGAUGAAGGGUUGGUGCUGGUGAGAUUGGCGGUAUAUCCGGCCAUGGCGGUGGCGGAGGAGGUGCGGGAGUGGGAUUGGUAGUUAUUAUUAUUAUUAUUAUUGUGGUUAUUAUAGAAGGAUUGUUGACGUUGGUGGUAGGGUGGUGGCAUUUUCUCCAGUAAUGUUUUGUUGUUGGUUUGUGUAUUUUGUAGCGUUAGCUGGCGAGGUUACGGGAGUGAUAGUCGGCUUUGCUUUGCUGUUAUAUUAUUUUGCUUCUAUGCUUUCAUGGAGAUUAGUGAGUGCACAUUAAUGUACAAUGUGAGAAUUGAAUGAACGGCUGGUUUAGCUGUUGACCUGCUGUUGCUGAAGAUGGACGG